AUGGCAGACGCCGAGCAUUUCACUGAUCCAUUCUGGGCCCCCGAGCCAGAUGAGAUACUUUCUGGUGGUGUCCCUUGUUCUUAUAAUGCGCCUACUGCCAGUAUUGAAAUGACCAUUGGAGGCUUGGGGACAAUAGCGGUGAGAUCGAAGACAACAGGGCAGUUGGAGUUUAUUGUCCGCUCCGCAGGACCGGAUUCCCCAACCUUAAAGCUCACGGUCACAGCUGAGAGCUGUGUCCUACAAAUGAAGGAUAACGAUUCGGAGCCAUUCAGAGAUAUUCCCGUGAUUGAAUACCGGGCCGAGACGAGAAAAUCAGAAGGCCCCAAGAAACUUCCUUACGUUUAUUAUCCGAAACAACCUGAGUCGGCUUACUUGAACGUCCGAUCCAAGAAGGAUCCUACAGUCUACUGGAUCUCUGUUGACCGGAGUAAUAAGCGCUUCCGAUACGGUCAACAUCUCACAAAUGCGUCCUUGACAUACCUGGAGGCGCAUUUUGACGGGGACAGACCGUCCAAACAGUGGAUGGACCAACUGAAGUCAACACAAAUCCUGCAGAAUGGCAGGGAAAUCCCAGGAAAUGACGUGAGAUAUGACCCCUUGCCCGUCACGAUGGACAAGCCCCCUCUAGUCGUCUCAGAUGAGCAGGUAUCGCUCGAAGAUCUCGACAAAUACCAUCGAACAACAUAUGCCAAUCUACCUCCUGGCUGUCAGGCCCUGUACCACAAUAUCGCGGGUCACAAUGUCUCAUUGGAGUCCGCCAGCUUUCCUCAGUUGGCACAGGCCAUUGACUAUAGUUGUCGAGAUCCGCGCCUAGUUUGCGGCAAGAUCCUGGCGCAAAAACAGAAAAAGAAUGAGUUUCAUGAUAAAUCGAAGACUUAUCUGAGAAUUACUGUGGGAAGCAACUUGGCCAACUCCCCAGGAAUACCUUAUGUGAUGGAAAUUUGGCCCCCGGGACAUUCAUCCCCGAUCCAUGACCACGGAAGGGCAUCAGCAGUGAUCAAAGUCCUCUAUGGUAGCAUUGAUUGUUCUUGGUAUGAUGCCGUCCAAGACGGCCGCGAACCGCAGCAGGUUGGUAAGCCACAUAAACUGAGCAAGGGCGAUGUCACAUGGCUAGGCGACAAGCAAUUUCAGAUUCAUAAGCUCGAAAACAACUAUAAGACCGUGUGCAUCACGCUGCAGUGCUAUCAGUUUGAGCAAUCCGACAAUGAACACUACGAAUACUUUGACUUCCUUGACAAUGACCUGCACAAAGAUCGGUUUGUUCCAAAUAGCGACAGGUCCUACGGCGAGUUGAUAGAAGAGCUUAAGAUUGAAUGGGACAGAAAGCAUUGA